AUGAAUCCAGCAAAUCAUUCCCAGGUAACAUUUGUCUUACUUGGACUCUCUCAAAUAUGGGGGCUUCGUUUCCUCUUCUUCAUUGUCUUCUCAGCUGUGUAUCUCAUGACAGUAACUGGAAACCUCCUUAUUGUGGUCAUAGUGACCACUGAUACACGUUUGCAUAUAACCAUGUAUUUCCUAUUAGGCAAUCUUUCUUUCUUGGACUUUUCCUACUCUUCCAUCACUGCACCUAGGAUGCUGGUUGACUUGCUCUCAGGCAACCCCACCAUUUCGUUUGGUGCCUGCUUGACCCAGCUCUUCUUCUUCCACUUCAUUGGAGGCAUCAAGAUCUUCCUGCUGACCGUCAUGGCCUAUGAUCGUUAUGUUGCCAUUUCCCAGCCCCUGCGCUACACACUCAUAAUGAAUCAGAAAGUCUGUGGGCUCUUUAUGGCAGCAUCCUGGGUAGGAGGCUUCAUCCACUCCAUUGUACAGGUUGCCUUGACUAUCCAGCUGCCAUUCUGUGGGCCUGACAAGCUGGACAACUUUUACUGUGAUGUGCCUCAGCUGAUCAAAUUGGCAUGCACUGAUACCUUUGUCAUAGAGCUUCUGAUGGUGUCGAACAAUGGCCUGGUCACCCUGAUGUGUUUUCUAGUGUUGCUGGGAUCCUAUACUGCACUUUUAGUGAUGCUUCGAAGUCAUUCACAAGAAGCUCGCAGCAAGGCCCUAUCCACUUGUGUCUCUCACAUUGCUGUGGUGACCUUAAUCUUUGUGCCUUGCAUCUAUAUCUAUGCGAGGCCUUUUCGGACGUUCCCCAUGGACAAGGCAGUCUCUGUGCUAUACACAAUGGUCACUCCGAUGCUGAAUCCUGCCAUUUAUACUCUGAGAAACAAAGAAGUGAUCAUGGCUAUGAAGAAACUGUGGAGGAGGGUCUCACUAUGUAGUUGA